AUGGAUUUGGAACCUCCCACUCUUGCCACUGAGCCCAAUGUGCAAGUUAAUAAUCCUGAUCCUACUCCUGUCAUUGACACUCCCUCUGGCUUAACUCCAAAUAGUAAUAGCACCCCACAAACUGCUAUUGGUUUGAAUAGUAAUGAUGCCUCCGGGAUUCAAGUAUCAUCUAUACCAUCUCUUCGGGGGAAAAGUGAUCCUACAUGGGAGCAUUUUGCUUUUAAAAAAGAGGGAAGAACUUGUGUGUAUACUUGCCUUCAUUGCUCCUCAUCAUUUAGAGGAGGUGGGAUCAAUAGGAUGAAGCAACAUCUUGUAGGUGUUUCAGGAAAUAUAAUUUCUUGCAAGAAGGUUCCACAUGAUGUUCGCCAUAGAAUGGUUCAAUCUCUAAAAGAAGUGUCAUUGGCAAAUAAGAGGAAGCUUGAUGAUCCAGACAUGCUUAAAGAGUUUGUUGAUAACUCAGAAUGUGAAGUAAUUGCUCCAAAUCCAGAGCCAAGUAAGCAAGCUAAGAAGGCAGGUUUUAGCAGUGUUGUUGUGAAAAAAAAAGGAAAAACUAGCGGGGUUGAUAAUUAUUUUGCCUCAAGGUCAACUUCUGGCUCCCAACCAGGGCUAAAGAGUGUGUGGUCAUCUAAAGAAGCUCAGUAUAAAGCUAAAUUAGCCAUUGCAAAGUGGUUAUAUAUGAAUUGCAUUCCAUUUAAUGCUGUAAAUUGUCCAUAUUUUUUGCCUGCUUUGGAUGCAAUUGCUGCAAUUGGCCCAGGUUUUAAAGGUCCUUCAUUUGAGGAGUUAAAGGUUGACCUGUUAACUGAUUGUAGAAAAGAGUGUCAACUAUUUAUUGAAAGCCACCGAGCCACUUGGAAAGAAAGUGGCUGCACACUCAUGGCUGAUGUCAAGGAUGCCAAGAAUUUGUUUUCUUUGUUUUGUGAAGUUAUUGAGUGGGUCGGUCCUACAAAUAUAGUGCAUGUUGUGACUGAUAAUGCAGCAAAUCAUGUAGCUGCUGGCAGGUUGAUUCGUGAAAAAUAUAAUUAUAUCUAUUGGUCACCUUGUGUUGCUCACUGUUUGAAUCUUAUUUUGAAGGACAUUGCAAGCAUGCCCCAUGUCGCUGACCUUAUAACAAAGGCAUCAAAAAUUACUGUUUUUGUGUACAAUCAUGUGGCUUUCUUUCAUGGCUUAGGAGAAGAAAUGGCUGGACAAAAAUUGUGUGCCCAGGAGUGA